AUGCGCUUUGUAGCUCUACGACUUUUGCGAACUGCCCGUCCGGUUGCUGCUCGUUUGGCUGUUAGCCCUGCUCGCUCGUUCUCUGCUGCUCGGGCUGCUCGAAAGGACGAGUUUGAAAUGCCCGAGCUGAAUCAGGAGCAGAUCGACGAGAUUAUGAAGAACCCGCUGAUUUCCAAAUUGGCCCAGUCGCCCAAGACUUUAGAGGCAUUACACGAGACGGCUGAGCUUUUGCAGAACAAAGGAUACACUGGCGAGAUCACCAUGAUGAAGCAGGUCAAACUGAUGAUGGACUCUGAGAUCCGAGACAAGAUGCAAAGCCUCGCCCAGCUUCUGAAAGACGAAGGGAUCGAAUUGCGCCAAGAAGAUAUGGCGGGCCUUUUCAAGGCUAUGGGACUCGGUGAAACUGUGAACAAGUAA